AUGCCGCCGGCGUCCGCCGCGCCGCCGCCGCUGGUGAUGCAGCUCGUCGUCGGCGCCGCCCUCGCCGCGCCGCCCAGCGCCGGCGGCUGGCCGCGCGGGCCGCUCAUGGCGCAGACGGCACACGCCGCCUGCGCCGUCGUCGCCGCCACCGCCGACGCGCCCAACACGCGCGCGUACGUGGCGCCGGCGCAGCUGCCGCACAUGCGCAAGCUCGUCCUCGUCGCGCCGCCGGCGCUGCCGCUGCGCGAGCUGGCGGCGCGGCUCGACGAGGCGCGGGCACGCCUGGGCGCCGACGAGGUGCCGCCGCACUAUCUCUGGAUCGAGCAGCCCGAGGACAUUCCCACCGUGCUCGCCAUUGCGCCGAACCACAAGCCGGCGCCGCUCAAGAAGCUGCUGCGCGAGUGCGCGCUGCUGCGCGACUGA